AUGACGAGCCUUUCCGGCUCCUCUGGAGGCACAGGGUCUAGUCUGGCUAAGGUCACAGUCAUCAUUGCAGGUGUGGCAUCUUUAGUGGCUACAUUCAUAUCUCUCAUAUCGAUAUGGCUUCAAACAAAAAAUUAUCGGAAACCGUUGCUUCAGCGAUAUGUCGUGAGGAUACUUUUGAUGGUUCCAAUAUACUCCAUAUCGUCGUGGGUGAGCAUAAUUUCGUUGAAAACUUCUGCUUUUAUAGUACCAAUCCGUGAUAUCUAUGAGGCAUUUACGAUAUAUACAUUUUUUCAACUCCUUAUCAACUUAGUUGGGGGAGAACGAGCUCUUAUAGUCAUGACACACGGACGUGCGCCGGUGCAGCAUGCUUGGCCCCUCAACCAUUUUCUUCGAAAAGUCGACAUUUCCGAUCCACACACGUUCCUUGCGAUAAAGCGUGGUAUUCUACAGUAUGCAUGGUUAAAACCUAUCCUUGCUUUGGCUUCCAUUAUCAUGAAAGCCACCGGGACAUACCAAGAGGGAUAUCUUGGUCUCUCCUCUGGAUAUCUAUGGACUGGGAUUAUUUACAAUAUAAGCGUCACACUUAGUCUUUACUCGUUAGCACUGUUCUGGGUGUGUAUGCACGAUGAUCUCAAGCCGUUUCGCCCCGUCCCUAAAUUUCUUUGCGUCAAACUCAUCAUCUUUGCUUCAUAUUGGCAAGGGUUUUUUCUCUCGAUCCUACAAUGGCUUGGCGCUUUACCCAAUGGGGUUGCAGGUUAUAGUCCCGACAACCUUGCAGCAGCAAUCCAAGACAGCUUGAUUUGUUUCGAAAUGCCUCUCUUUGCCCUUACCCACUGGUACGCCUUCUCAUGGCAUGAUUAUGCUGAUACCUCUGUAUCAGCGGCGCGGAUGCCAGUAAAGUUCGCGAUUCGGGAUGCAUUUGGUAUCCGGGAUCUCAUCGAAGACACCAAAGAAACUUUUCGCGGAGAAAACUAUCAGUACAGGAUAUUUGACUCCGGUGAUAAUGUAAUGGCACAUGAGGAAUCCGAGUCACGUCUAGCCAGACUGAUGGAUGGUAUGAGAUAUGAAAGGGGCGGGAAAUCUAAAUAUUGGAUUCCCAAACCAGGUGAAGCAACAAGUCGGACGCCUCUCUUAAGCUCGCCAGCCUGCAGUCGAAGGAACUCCCAAGGCUGGGCCAAAAGAGGCAGCGCAAAUAAUGGAAGCCUUAAUAAUGAUGAUCCCGAAAACUUGACACUCGAUGAAGAAGACGAAAGGCUCUUUGUGAAUGCGAGAGCCUUAGAAUUCGGAGAUUACAAUUAUCCAGUGAUAACGGCCAAUGAGGUACCACCCGACCAGCGACUUCCACGACGGACAAGGCCGUCCGUCUCAACCCCGCGCCGAAACCACACCGAAACAAGCUAUGUGAAGAGAGCAGCUAAACAUAGGAACAGACGCAUUCAUGGUGACAAUGAAGCGUCAGGGAGUUCAUCGGGCCGUAGGUCAGAUCGUAAACCAAAACGGCCUAUUAACGGGAACAAACAUCACAGUAGCUCCAGCAUCUCCUCUCAGUCCCGUUUGAGACGGAGCCAACUAGUUGACCUCGUGGAUGACGUUGGAGAAGCCGAACGCCAGCGGUUUGAGAGGCCUGAAGAAGGAGGACAUAACAUAGUUAACGAAGCUCGUUUAGUUGGUCGGUCCGUAAAUGCGAAUGGCCAACAUGAAAGCACCGAAAGCAGGCCCAUCGCCCAGCAGUCGAUGGAACAAGGCCACUCAGUCGAUGAGGAUAAUGAGGCAGACACCGAAAGCCUCGCAGGGAGAAACAUGACAUACGGGUCAUUCAAUGAAGAACGCGACGCCUGGGGUGGAUGA